GCCUAACUGUUGAUAAAAUAUGGCACUUGCACGCUCAGCAAGCGGUCCUGGAGCCUUAAGUAUCAACAUCGGCUCUGCGAAUUCGUUUGGAUCAACGAAUACGUCAAGUCAGGCUCCUGCAGCUGGCGGAUUGUUCGGCAAAGCAACAAUGUUGCAACCAACCGGCGGCUUGUUUGGACAGGCGCAAACGACGCAACCUCAGACGUCGGGUCUCUUUGGGGCGUCAACAACUGCGACGCAACCAGCGCAAACUGGAGGACUCUUCGGCGCUGCACCUGCUUCACAACCACAAUCUGGCGGACUAUUUGGCGGUGCUCCAGCCUCAACACAACCGCAGAGCUCAGGAUUGUUUGGUGGCGCGGCCCAGACACCUGCUUCUACGGGAGGGAUGUUUGGAUCAGCACAGGCUCAGCAGCCCCAGCAAACUGGCGGUGGGCUCUUUGGCGGUGCAAACACCCAGACCCAGGCAAAGCCUUCUUUCUUUGGAGGCGCAUCGACACAGCUGCCUCAGCAACAACAGCAACAGCCACAGAGCUCGUUAUUCUCGUCCUCUGCUAGGCCACAACAAUCAACUGGCGCCUUUGGCAGCAGCUUCGCCGGCGGCUUGACGAUGGGCCAGUCGCAAGGCCAACCUACACAAGCAACCGUUCCCGGCGUUCGCAUAGACCUAACGAAUUUGCGCAACACCACCCGUUUCAACGACCUCAAUGAGGAGCUUCAGAAGAAGAUCGAAGAAUUUGACGCAGGGGUUCUCAGCCUCAUGGCCAAGGGCGACCAGUGCACCGCCAUUCUCCCAGCGCAUGGCGAGCAGCUCGAGCUUGUCCCAGAUAACGUUGACUUCCUGCAGCGAAAGGUGAUUGGCGUGCAAGCCAACCUUGACGGAGACGUGCAAGCCGUCUCGCAGACAAGCAAACAGGUCUACGUGGAUGGUGAAAAUGCCAAGCUCAGUUUCACCGUCGUAGAUAACCUGAAGCUGCCACAGCAGUUCCACACCGACAUCUGGAACCCGUCGAAGCCGUCACCAUCGGCUUCGAAGCCGGGAGAGGCAGCGGGGGAUCUCGUUACGUUUUUCUCGCAGACGUCCGAUGAGAUGGGCCAGACGAUAUCGACGUACAAGGAUAACAUUAGCGAGAUCGAGCUCCAUCUACGUGGCGUGGAGAGGUCGCUCAUGCAAGCGGGUAGUAAUAUUGGACGCAGUGGCCAGGAUAAGAACGAGGUGGAGAAUCUCGUAGGCGUGCUUAGGGACUUUGAGAUGGGUAUCUUGGAGGUUGCUGGGAAGGUUGGGGGCGUACGAGAGGGCGUGCAGAGCCUGCAAUUGGGACAUUUUGUUGACCUUGUAUCUGUGAAUGGGAAUGGAAAGCGCAGGGGCGUGUAUUAGUAUGUUAUGAUCGGGAUGGAGUCUGGUGUUGAAUGCCUCUCAUGAAUGGGCAUUUUGUACUUAAGUAUGGAUGGCUGGAUAUGGUGGGUAUGGAAGCAAGAAUAAACUGUCAUGGUAACAGGACAAAAAUGAUAUAUGGGCGUCAGUUUUAAAUAUGGUCAAUUCCUGCCAAUGAGGGACAGUUGCAAUAUGCUCCUACAAUGCUGUAUUACCAGGGAAAAGACGGUGUAGUUCGGAGAUGUAUAAUGCUCCUCGUUCUUAUUCGGGUGUAGUUGUAAAC